CUCUGAUUUAAUUUUAGGGUUUCUGCUUGUAGCUGCUGCAACUGAAAAGAACAGAAGAGAGAGAGAAUCAGCAACUCAUCAUAAUGGGGAAGGUUCACGGUUCUCUUGCUCGUGCGGGCAAAGUGAGAGGCCAAACUCCCAAAGUGGCAAAGCAAGACAAAAAGAAGAAGCCGCGUGGACGCGCUCACAAGCGCAUGCAAUACAAUCGCCGAUUCGUCACCGCCGUGGUGGGAUUCGGAAAGAAGCGUGGACCAAACUCAUCUGAGAAGUAAGGAAGACACUUGGAGGAUUUUUUUUUUUCUUCUUUUUAGUUUGCGGAAUGUAUUACUUGAUUGAUGAAUUGAAACGGUGAAAGUUCUUAUUAUGGUUCAAUGAAGGAGUUUUUUUUGCUAUUUAAUAUCAAACUCUAUAUUUCUUCCUUAAUAAAAACUGUGUAAGAAUUUCUUCUA